AGGAGCAAUGGACCAAGCCAGAAGACGAUGUCAGAUACCUUCGACCUAUCCUCGAAGAAGUCACUGCCGAAUUCGCUGAGCGUGAAGCUUUUGACAACGCUAAGGUGUUGCCCCGCAAGUAGAAAAAGUGUGUUUUCGAGUUACUUAUAAAUAUAGAAAGCAGACCCACACCAUUUCCCAAAGUUUGAAUUAAAAAAAAUCUUAACUAUCUCCCCUGCUGUUGAGCAACUGCUUGGUUGAGAGAGAGUCACAUGCUGAGUGGGCCGUUGAAAUUGGCGUUUGCCGGCUCUUUCACUUUUGGUUUCUUCUGUCAGCACAUUUACACAUUUACUCUUGAGAUGGUGCUGCUUUUCCAGCUACCGUUGGAACUAUUAAACUAUAUCGCUGACCAGCUGCCUUCUAAGGCUCUGGCUCAACUAUGUUUAACAUGCCACGAUCUUCACAUGGCCAUUCUGCCUACACUCUAUGCCCACGUUCAGCUAUCUUUUCGCUCCCAUAUUAAGCAACUAGAAUAUGGUCUCCAAGUUUCACCUUAUCUGGCCAACACUAUCAAUCAAUGCACUCGCAAAUUGACUUUAGUGAGCCGUCAAUCCGGCACUCACUGGGUAGCCAAUGAUGUACGAUUUUUACUGCAGAUAACCCAUCGUGUAGAGUCUCUCCAUUUUCAUGAUUUUCAUGUUCUCAUGGUCGAGCAUGUUUGUCAAGUUGCCAGCGCACUGCCGCUUCUCAAGCACUUGGAAUUCAGAUAUUGCAAUCUGGCAGCGGAGGUCAUGCCGUCCAGCCCUAUUCGGAAUUCACAUAGGCCUGAAUCGCAGCAGGGGCAAGGUAGUACCGAUGCACUAGAACAACCGAAAUCAGACUUCAGCCGGACUAGCUAUCUUACCCUUGUUUGGACCGACUUCAGUUCGUCGGCUAUAUCCACACUUUUGCGCCAUUUGCCAGGCUUACAAGUAGUGGAUUUUGGCGCAAACCAUAAUCGAAUUUAUUCAGCUAAUGACUCCGCCAUUUUCUCUCUCAGCCAAUAUUGCCCCAAGGUUCAAGUCCUACAUGUAGGUUUGCAACAAGUCCGGGAACAGACACUAUGCGAAACCAUCCGUUUAUAUGGUUCAUCAUUGACCUGUUUGGAUGUAAAAUGCGACUCAGUACAAACUUUAAAGGCUGUGGCGGCUCAUGCCGAAUCUCUUCAAGAACUGACAGUACGCGCGGCUGGACCGGGUAGUUACGGUGAUGAUAUGAUCCAUGUUUUACGACAAUGCAAAGGUCUUGGAAAACUUGAAAUGGUGUGUUGGAUGUUGGAAGAUGUACCUCGUUGCGUAUGGAGAGCGAUAGAAGCCGUCGCUCGAAGAGCAAAGCAAUCCAUUCGAAACAGAGAUAACGUCGACGCUAACUGGAUGUAUUUUUUGGAGGAUCAUGUCGAUCGACUACAUGGAUCUAAUAGCGGCGGUAGCCAAACUAGUACUUCUGAAGAUGGCUCUGAUCGAGUACAAGACCUCUAUUCGACCUCAGAUUCUUGGAACAACACCGUACCAUCUUCCACUGUCGUCCGAUCUCGUCGACGCCGAGAUGUAGGCAGCAUCAAAAAGACCGUCGCUCUCAGUUUUGAAGAACUUAGCGAGAUCAGGAAGGAGGUUAUACCCUCGCCACAAUCUGGUCACUAGAGCCCACUCUUAUUUCAUCUACUGUGCUUUUGAUAUAUCUUUUUCUUUUUUCCAACUAAUUUUACCUUAUUUUCUUGUCAUUACCCACCUACCAUCAUCUUCAACUCACAUAGUUUCCCCGCUCUUUCAUUUCUUUUGCACACAACGAGAUGAAGCAUUUACCCCUCUCUCCCGUUCCUCUCUCUUGCCAAAAGUUGUAUUUUUCUCCUACUUCCCUCCUUUGGCUAUCUCGUCCUUGUUCAUCGUAUCAUGAGAUUAGCAAUAAAAUAUGUAUAGAAUGAGCC